UCGAGUGGCCGCAGUCAACGGAUUUUGUGGCGAGAGGGAUUUCUAAAUCGGACAAAAUGCCAGCCAAGCCAGCCCCUAUCAAGAAGGCGGCCAAGCCUAAGGAAAAGCCAGCAGAGCCAGAACCGGCACCCGCUGAGCCCGCACCAGCCGAGGCCCCUGCUGAAGCUCCCCCCGCAGAGGCUGCUCCCGCUGAAGCAGCUCCUCCAGCUGAAGCCGCCCCUGCAGCCGAAGAGGCCCCUGCUGCCGCUCCUGAAGCACCCGCUGAAGCGCCUGCUGACGCGCCGGCCGAGGCUGCUCCAGCUGCCGAGGAGGCCGCCGCGCCUGCUGCGCCAGAGGCACCUGCCGAGGCCGCCGCUCCAGCCGCUGAGGAAGCUGCUGCUGAUGCUGCGCCCGCUGACGCUGCCGCUGCUCCUGCUGAAGGAGAAGCUCCUGCCCCAGCUGAAGGAGAAGCUCCUGCUGAGGGUGAAGCCGCCCCUGCUGAACCUGUUGAGGAAGUCAAGGCCCCCACACCACCUCCUCCCCCAGAGCCCACCAGUGAGCCCCUUGAGCUGGGUGUGGAGGAUGUCACCGACACCACGGUCAUCAUCAGCUGGAGACCUCCCGCCACCGUUGGAAAGGACGGUCUGGACGGUUACACCAUUGAGAUCGCCAAGGAAGGAACUGACGAUUGGAAGGCCGCAAACGAAGAGCUCACCAUCUCCUGCCGCUAUGUCAUCAAGAACCAGACCACCGGCGACCGCCUGAACAUCCGCGUUGUCGCCAUGAACCCCGGCGGCCGCAGCCCCCCCGCUGCCCUCCCCGAAUCGGUCCUGGUGAAGGAGGUCGGUGAGCGUCCCAAGAUUCGCCUGCCCCGUUUCCUGAGGCAGAGGUACGUGAAGGGCGUCGGCGACAAGAUCAACAUCGUCAUCCCCUUCGUUGGCAAACCUGCACCUGCUGUGAGCUGGACCAAGGACGGCGAGCCUCUGGACACUAAGAGAGUGAAUGUGCGUAACAGCGACCGCGACAGCAUCUUCUUCAUCCGUCAGUCGGAGAGGGAUGACUCUGGCACCUAUGAGAUGACGGUGAAGGUGGAGAGCUUUGAGGACAAGGCCUCCUUCAUCCUCCAGAUCUGUGAGUUGCCUGGCCCUCCUGCCAGUGUGAAGAUCGCAGACACAUGGGGCUUCAAUGUCGCCCUGGAAUGGACCGAGCCCAAGGAUAACGGCAACACAACCAUCACCGGCUACACCAUCCAGAAGGCUGACCAAAAGACAGGGGAUUGGUACACAGUGGUUGAGCACUACCACAGGAUGAAUGCCACCAUCUCCGACCUCAUUAUGGGCAACUCCUACAAGUUCCGCGUCUACGCUGAGAACAAGUGUGGCAGGAGCGAGGAGGCCACCUGCACCAAGGACGCCGCCAAGAUCCUGAAGACAGGAAUCGAUUACAAGCCUCCCACAUACAAGGAGCACGACUUCAGCGAGGCUCCCAAGUUCACCACCGAAAUGCCCAACCGCAGCACCACUGUGGGAUACACCGCCAAGCUCCUGUGCUCUGUCAGAGGCUGCCCUAAGCCUCAGAUUGUCUGGAUGAAGAACCAGAUGAUCAUCGGCGAAGACCCCAAGUUCCGUCAGAUCAACAACCAGGGAAUCGUCUCUCUGGAGAUCCGCAAGCCUGGCAGCUUCGACGGUGGUGUUUACGCCUGCCGCGCCAAGAAUGCCCUCGGAGAGGUCACCAUCACCUGCAAGCUGGAGGUCAAACAGCCUGUGAUUGUGGAGAAAGAGAAAUAAGCGUCCACCCUCAGGCAUGCAGAAUUAGGAGCAGCGGGAUCACAGACUUCAAGAAAGGAUUAUGAAAGUGUCUUACGAUGAAACAACAUGUACAUAUUCAUAGAUGGAUCAAGUAGAAGGUGUGUGUGUGUGCGUGUGUGGACGUCUGGUGAUCCGCACCUCAGAAAGUCCCGCAGCCCUUUUUUUUCAUGGAAAAAGCAGCAACCAAAAGGAAGCGCAUGUCCAUCCCUCUCCACAAUACCUUGACUCAUAGCUAGCCUGUAGCGCACACACAGACCAUGAACACAAAGGAUCAGCUGUCUGUCCAUUGGUUUCUAUUUAUUAUCCCCCUAUGGCUGUCCUUGAGCUUAUACCACUGGUCAUUUCCGCUCUCUGCUCCUGGGAUGAUUUUAUUUUUGAAGGCUUGCAGGGGACAAAAGUCAACUUGUGAAUGUUUGUUAAUAUGAAUAUUAAACCGUUGAACCCUAAUGUAUCUUUACUUUUUUGUUUGUUUGUUAGCUUUGUUAUGUUUGGCUUGAACAGAAGGAACUUUAGAGUGAUUCAUCAACUUGAUUAAAGUCAGUGCUGGCUGGAAGGCCAGGAAAGAUGGGCUUA